AUGCCGACAACCUUGGAGGACCUCUGUGAGGAUGUCCUCGAGAUCGUCAUCAGAGUACAAUCCGACCCCGACGAGAAGCAACUAUAUUCUGAGGAGGAACGCAUCAACCGGCUGAAGCACCCGUCAUCCCCAUCCCUCAGCAGCAACAACGACGCUCCCGAGAGUAACGUUGAGCAAGAGCAGGCGAGUGGUUUGGAGUUUUCGCAAGGCAAUGUGGAGCACCAAGCCGGUUCCACCAUCGACACCGGCAUUUGCUACGUGUGCGGCAAAGACAUUAACGACUGCCUGAGAGUCGAAAGCGUGCGUGAGACAGAUCACAAGUGCCUGAGAGUGUGGCGCUGCCGCGGCAAUAUUGCCUUCUUGCGAAGCCUCACCGUCACGGAUAUCAUGAGUCUGCGCCGCACCAGCAAGAAGCUCCACGCAAAGCUCACCAACGCGUACCUCCGCCUCCUCAAGACCAGCUAUCUCGGAAGGACCGGCAUCGCCAAAGUUUGGUUGUCCUACCCCGGCCUGCAGUCCUUGUGCGCAUCUACCGCCAGUGGACUCAUCACUGACACCAUCUCUUCGCUAUACGUCAAAGUCGGGCAUAUCAGCGCAAUCUAUGUGAGAGAGCGUCUUCGCAAAUGCAAGGGUUAUGGUUCCAACCCCAAAGCCUUGGAGGACCCAGUGAACUGGGGUCAGGUCAAAACUCGCCUGAGCAGCGACGAGAGGAAGUACAUGUACGUCUACAAGAGGUACAUGGAACAAGAACGGGCAAGAGCGACCGGAGAGAAUGUUAGGCUUUUGGAGAAGAUCCUUGGCCGACUUCCCAAUCUUCGCAAGAUCUACGUCGGAAACUUCGGAUUUCCUCCGCAAAUCUCUUCAAGCCGUCUAGGCAGGUUCAAGCCAGGAGAGGAGUGCGAGAUGCGCUCAGCUGCUCUCAGGACCGUCUUCGACGCUCUUGCUUCCCGACCCGUUCCUCUGGAAGCAUUCGGAGUUAGCAGAACGAGUCAUUACUGCGCACCAUACGACGAAGUCGGCAUUUGGUCGCUCAACCUCCCGGAACCUUUGUUCACCAAGUUGGCAGGCUCACUGUCGACGAUCAAGCAUCUCCACUUGUCGCUGACCACCGGCGAAUUCGCCCAACUCGGUUACAAGAACAAGGUGAUCUUCAAGCGCAACCUCGCUCCAGAAGGAUUCACCAAAGACCAGGGCCCAAGGAUGAUACUCGACUUCAUCUCCGCCAUGCCGAAGCUUUCCUCCCUGCACCUCUUCGCCGCGCCUGGAGACGAAUUCACCCUCGGCUUCGUACGCAAGCUCCUGCGCGGUCUACCCACGACCUUGGAGGAGCUCCACCUCGGCAACAUGAUCAUGAGCGUGUCCAUCCUCGCUCAUUUCCUCAACAAGCACAGGCACCAACUGACCGAGCUCAGCCUCACCAAGCUCUACCUCGUCAACGAGAGCUGGACGACCGUCUUCCGGAUGAUGCAGACGUUUCUCCCUCACCUCCAGCGCGCGUACCUGGAGCAGCUCUGGGAGCUGCACCCGGAGUUCGCGGACAAGCUCUUCUUCUUCAUCCCUUGCAGGUAUGUGGGUGCGUACAACGACUUCUUGGGCCGUCGCAUCUACACUGUCGGUCGAGGGGGUCGGUCGAACGGCGUCUACUGGUGCGGCAAGUGGGAGACUCAUUUCCGCUACGAUGCGAUGACCAUGGACGAUGAGGAUACGAGGGAGAGGGCGCAGUCCGUCCGAGAGGGGCUGCAGCACGCCGUGACGGAGAGCAGGCGCGAGGCGGUCUACUAUGGCAACCAGGAUGUGGAUGGCCCGCUGUCUCAAAAGGUUCUGGAGUAUGCCGCCGAGGCAUUCGGCAAGACGGUGAAGGAGAUUGUGCCAGGACCUGAGGUGUUGAACUCGUACUGA